AUGGCCUUUCCUGCGCAACAACAAAGAGUGGAAAUCAUUCGUGCAAGCUGUGAUAAUUGUGCCAAAUCCAAGGUCCGCUGCAGCAAGGAUCAACCAUCUUGUCAACGAUGUCUGUAUCAAGGCGUCCCCUGCAUCUACAGUCCCUCACAACGGUCCCGAAAGCGACCCCCGCCAACUCCUCCGCCGGGCACCGCUCCCCACUCUCAGGGGGUUGCAUCGACGAGAGAUCGGAAUGGAUCAAUUCUAGAUGCUUGCCAGGGUUCACAAAGAAGAGACGAUGAAGUAGUGAAUGAGGGGCAGAUCAUGGCCGACAUUCGCACCGUUGACAUGACUAGCCCCGAUCCACUACCCGUUCAGAUCGACACUCCUUUCUCCGAGAGAACUCAAUUCCCCGCCGAUGCAUUGAGCCCAAUCAAAUGGAGUGAGCUAUUGGAAUCGUUUGACAGUAGCACACCGACUCCCAAUGACUUGCCUGGUAUACCGGGUAUACCACAAAUGCCAAUGGCAAGUCCACAGUCGCGGAUGGAUACCAGCACCAGCAAUGGCAACGGUCUGGACGAAUUCCCUUGGCUAUUACCCUCCGAUUCACAUAAACAAUCCCUCUGGUCACUACCAGCACAACACCAAUCUGUACACCAAUGCUCCCAACUAGCCAUGUCGGCCAUCUCACGACUAGACGCACCAAUGAACCCCUGCCCAACACUCAGCCGCUCAAACUGCCCUGACCGACGAAUACAAACCAUCACCAACGGCUCCGGAGCCCGAAGUUUCGACGAUAUCCUCAAAGACAGUCAUUCCUCUCUAGAGGACGUCCUAGCAAUCCUCGAAUGCCCCUGCUCCAUCAAAACAGAUCUCAUCUUCCUCGUCACAACAACCUGCACCCGCGUUCUAUCUUGGUACCAAGCAAGUCUAGACCGCAGCGCCGGCUGUCUACCCCGCGAACCAGACAACAGCAGCGGCUACAGCGAAAGCAGUAACGACAGUGGCAGCAGAAGCCGGAGCCGAAGCAGCCCCGGCGCUCCAUCGUCACUACGAUCAACCCCCGAAAGCAAUAUUCUGCAGGGACUGUCGGAGUCUUUCCGGGAGUGGGUGUCGAUCCCGUCGAUUAAUGUGGGUGCCUACACUUUGGAACCAGCUCAGUCACGGCGCAUGAUUGCCCAGUUGAUUUUGGCGGAAAUUGAUAAGGUGAAGGAGGUUUUAGCGGCGUUUAGCCGUAGAUAUUGUCGUCAGAAGGGUAUGUAUGGUGGUGAUGAUAACGAAAAGGGCUUGCAUUUGGCGCUGGAAGCUCACCUGAGGCAUCAAAUGAAGUCGGUGGCUCUUACUGCGCGGGAGCUUUUGAGCUAG